AUGCGUCUCAACUCUUUCGUGUCGGUGGCCUCCGUCAUCGCUCUUGCGUCCUUCGCAUCUGCUGAGGAUGCUGAGGUUCCUUCCGAUGUACUUGCCCUUACAAAGGACACCUUCAGUUCGUCUGUUAACCCAGAAUCUCUAAUUCUUGUCGAGUUCUAUGCUCCAUGGUGCGGCCACUGCAAAGCUCUUGCUCCCCAUUACGAGGAGGCAGCCACUUCUCUCAAGGAGAAGGAAAUCAAGCUCGCUAAAGUCGAUUGUGUCGACCAGGCAGACCUCUGCCAGGAGUAUGGCGUCCAGGGUUACCCUUCCCUGAAAGUCUUCCGCAACGGUGAACCCACUGACUACUCUGGUGCCCGAACUGCCGAUGGCAUCAUCAGUUACAUGGUCAAACAAACCCUUCCUGCCGUUUCUCAGGUCACCGCCUCUAAUCUCAACGAAUUCCAAAAUGCUGAUAAGAUUGUCGUCCUUGCCUACGUCUCCUCGACCACAGGGGCUCCUGUGCCUGAAUUCAGCGCAGCAGCACAGAAGAACCGUGACGAGUAUCUCUUUGGCAUCACCUCGGACGCUGAGGCCAUCUCAGCUGCAGGCGUCACUCCCCCUGCCAUCGUUGUCUACCGCAACUUCGAUGAGCAUGCCUCUGAUUACCCGUACCCAGUGUCUGCAGCUACUGUCAGUGAGAUUGAGGGCUGGGUUAAGCAGCUGUCUAUCCCCAUUCUUGGCGAGGUCAAUGGAGAGACUUUCUCCAUGUACGCUGCCAGCGGAAAGCCCAUCGUCUACUUAUUCGUGGAGCCUGCAAACGAGAAGAGCGACGAGGUCAUCACUGCUUUGAAGCCUGUUGCUGCCAAGUACCGCAGCGAGGUUCACUUCGUUUGGAUAGAUGCGACCAAGUUUGGCGAGCACGCUAAGGCCUUGAACCUUGCUGAGCCCAAGUGGCCGAGCUUGGUUAUUCAGAAUCUAGAGACCCAGAGCAAGUACCCCUACGACCAGAACAAGCCCAUCGAGGCUGAUGCUGUCUCCACUAUGGUCGCCGACUACCUCGCCGGGACGCUCGCUCCUAAGCUUAAAAGCCAACCUAUCCCUGAGUCUCAAGAUGAGAAUGUCUUUACGCUCGUCGGUGACCAAUUCGACGAGGUCGUGUUUGACGACUCCAAGGAUGUGUUUAUUGAAAUCUACGCUACAUGGUGCGGUCACUGCAAGCGCUUGAAACCAAUUUGGGACUCCCUCGGUGAUCACUUCGCUGGUGUGAAGGACCAGUUGAUCAUUGCAAAGUUUGAGGGUUCGGAGAAUGAUCUCCCGGUUUCAGCGCCAUUCCGCGUUAGUUCAUUCCCUACCCUAAAGUUCAAACCUGCUGGAUCGCGGGAGUUCCUUGAGUACAACGGUGACCGGGAGUUGGAAUCUUUUGUUGCGUAUGUGGAGGAGCAUGCUAAAAACAGCCUGAAGCCUGCAGUCAAAGCUCCGGAAAACGGAUCGCAGGCUACAUUCGAGGCACCGCGAGAUGCUCACGACGAACUGUAAUUAUUUGUGUAGUAAAGUUGCAUCUACUCAUGUUAUCUCUUGCAUUCAUGGGGGCUCGUAAGAGCGCAAAGUGGAGCAGACUCGUGAUUGCCUUGAUGAGAAUAAUGAAAAGCACAGUUGAAAUAAGAUAUCAAAGUUUGACUUCCUUGAGACCGUGCUUCCAGAACGUGAAGUAGGCUGCCGAGAUGCGAUAAGCAUGGUCACAGAUCUGCUUGACAGAUAAUACGUACGGGUAAUCCCAUCCUCCUGGAAAAGA